AUGGCGGACCAACGAAAAUACACCAACAAAUUGCAGGACAAGCAUGUCCUGAUCAUCGGCGGCUCGGCCGGCAUAGGGUUUGGCGUCGCCGAAGCAUCUCUCGAAAGUGGAGCGCACGUCACCAUUUCUUCCUCGAACCCUUCACGCCUUUCCUCUGCGGUUAACAAGCUGAAGGCUGCUUAUCCCUCCGCUGCCGACCGCAUCUCGUCCCACGCCUGCGAUAUUGGCAACGAGGAUACAAUUGAGAAGAACGUUGCUGGUCUCUUUGAAACUGUCGGAAGUAUUGAUCACGUCGUAUAUUCGGCCGGCGAUGCCUUGGCCACGACCCCUCUUCGCGAGACCUCCUUUGCACAGAUGAAGCAAACCGGCUUGGUACGCUUUUUCGGUCCACUCAUUGCAGCCAAGGAGGCAGCCAAAUAUCUGGUUUCUGGCCCGGCGUCCAGCUUUACCAUAACCAGCGGCUCGGUUGCCGAGCGUCCGCUCCCGGACUGGGCUGUCGUUGGCAGCUUUGCGGGGGGUCUUGCCUCAAUGGCACGUGGAUUGGCGCUGGAUCUUAAGCCGAUUCGCGUAAACUUGAUUAACCCGGGUGUUGUGGACACGGAGCUCUGGCGUAUGCCGGAGGAGCAGAAGCGAGCUAUCUUUAAGGGAUAUGAAGAGAAGAUGCCUACGGGUAGGGUUGGACGUGUCGAAGACGUGGCAGAGGCAUAUCUGUAUUGCAUGAAGGAUCAGAACCUGACAGGCAGUGUCAUUUCGACGAAUGGUGGAAGCCUGCUAGUGGGUUGA